CCUUCCUUCGUUUAAUUUGUUUCCUUUGUACUCCAAUGCAGCUAUUUAAAGUCAUCAGUCAUUGCUAGGAUGCUUUGAAAUUUCAAGCACUAGCUAGGCCUUGCACAAGAAUUAAAGCUACACACAAACGAUGGAGAAAAGCAAAAUACAAGCGGCUUAUGAAUAUUGCCAUGCUAUAUUUUCUCAGCAGGGGCUUCCAACUUUUCAACGAAUCCAGCAUCUGAAAAAUAUACUUGACAGUAUGGAAGCUAAAGAUGUUGGGAUAGACGAGUUUGGGUCGUGUGAUUCUGCCAUCUCACUCCAGGAGGCUGGUGGCAGCAGGGGAUUGCUCUGUGGACGAGGCUUCUCGGAGAUUACAUACAUUCAUAUUCAUGAAUGCGAUAGUUUCUCAAUAGGGGUGUUUUGUUUGCCAGCAGGAAAAACUUUCCCACUUCACGAUCACCCGGGAAUGAUAGUUCUAAGCAAACUCCUUUAUGGCUCUGUUUAUGUGAAAGCUUACGACUGGAUCAAAGUGGAUAACAGAGCCAGCCAAAGACGUAAGUGUAAUUACUACUCUCUGCAUUCAGCCCAAAUCAAACAAGCGCUUAGAAUUGUUGUCGAUGCAGCAGUAGGGUUAGCAGGCAGGGUGGUAGAUGGAAUAAUGAAAGCACCACAGGAGACGUCCAUAUUAUUUCCAACAAGAGGAGGCAACAUACAUGGUUUCACCGCUUUGACGCCAUGUGCAAUACUGGACGUGCUCUCUCCGCAGUACUCUGAAGAAUUGGGAAGGCCUUCCACAUACUUCUCUGACUCCCCUUUUCCUUCCCCUUCUUCUGAUUAUGCCCUGCUUGAGGCCAUACUUCUGCCUGCAGAUCUAGUUGUGAGAGCAGCGCCAUAUCUUGGACCUCCGGUUUCACCUCAAUACUGCUCUUAUCAAUGUACCCUGUGUUGGGUUGCUUGGAGCUGCUUUGCUGUUCUACCACGGUUAAAAGAAAACGGGAAGCUUUUGCCGAAGAUCUCACUGCUGCUCAUAUGACGGUUCAGCCUCUUAAGCAACUUAAGACAUUUCAUCAAUUCAGCCUGCAGUUAAACUGCUUUGAUUAUGCUGUUGCUGUCACCAAUUCAAGUCUAGUGUAUUAUUGUUUGUUCGUUACUCUUGUGCUGAGGUAUCAGAUCCUACUCAAGCAUCAGUUCAUUUAUCUAGCUGGCUUUCGAGCGUCUUGUUUUUCAGAUGUUUUUUCAAUCAAGAAGUUCUUCCACAGCCCUCGUAAAAAGCGACAUCGACAUACUGACCCAUAAAGACGAUGAGGUCCUUCCUAACACAUCUGAUAGGGGUCAGAAUCUGGGUUUCGUGAGCUUUGUAGCCGAAAAUGUUAGAUUUGUACAUCUCAAUUUAUAUGAAUAAGUAAAGUAAUAUAUGCAUACCUGA